AUGGCUUGGUUCUAUACCUAUGCGGUAUCGAGGGCUAUCAAGAUACACUCUAUAAUCGCUCACCAGCAUCGAACGGUCGAUUUCAUCUGCGGUGAGACAUCAGCUGUAUUCCAAAACUACCAUAUCGAGGCAAGAAAACCAAUUCAUGAACAAAGGAACAUGAUAAAAACGCAGAAACGCGAAGUCCAAAGUGAUAAGACAGGGUUUUCAUUCCAAAAGUGCACUAUAAUAACAGCUUUAGAUCUUGCUCCCAUCAAGCGAACGGUAAAAACAUAUUUAGGACGUCCUUGGGGAGUCUACUUAUGGGUCGUCUUUAUGGAAUGUUUCAUCGCUGAUCUCAUUGAUCCAGAGGGACGGUUUCCAUGGGAAAGCGACACUCGACGUCUGUCUACAGUGUAUUACGGUGAGUACGAGAACAAAGGCCCGGGAGCGGAUACAAGCGGACGAGUCAAGUGUAAAAGCUUUAAGGUUAUUACAGAUAUGAAAGAAGCAGAGAACUUCACUGUGGGAAAACUGAUAUAUCCAGAUUCAUGGCUCAAAACCACCAGAGUCCCAUACAACGAGGGUCUCUGA